AUGGCGAGCUUUAGCGACCUCUACAGCAACGAAAAGACCAAGGGUCUGGACUCCAACUUUGGCGUGGACUUUGUGAUCAACUACAAGAUCCCGCAAGAAGACCGAGCCGUUGCCGAGGCGGGCUUCGUCCAGCUCGUCGAGGCCCUGACCCAUGUCGGCCUGACCACCGAGGUCCGGAGAGGCGACAAGCAGUCCGUCCUCGUCUUCAUCAAAAUCGCCGACAAGUUUCUCGACGAUCAGGUCUACCGAUCCCGGCUCCAAGACUGGCUCCAGGGCGUCCGAACCACGAGCUCCGACAAGGACCUUUCUCAGGCUCUCCGCGAUGAGCCCGUCUCCGACGCCGAGCGCCUGCGCCUCGUAUACCUGCUGAUUGUGAAACCCAAGAACGAGGGCGGCGCCGGCAUCACGCCCCAGUCGGGCCGCUGGAAGCACGUCGACAGCAUCUUCCCGCUGCACAAUCACGCCUUCAACAAGCAGUGGAUCAAGAGGGUGAGUACAAAGGGCCAGACGGAUGAGACUGAUCUCGACGAGAUCCGCGACAAGUUCGGCGAGAGCGUCGCCUUCUACUUUGCAUUUAUGCAUACCUACUUCAAGUUCCUCGCCGUCCCCGCCGCCGCCGGUUUCGCGGCCUGGGUUCUCCUCGGCCAGUUCUCGUGGUUCUAUGCCCUCGUCAGCUGCCUGUGGUCCGUCGUCUUUUUCGAGUUCUGGAAGAAGAAGGAGGUCGACCUAGCAGUGCAGUGGGGCGUCCGCGGCGUCUCCAACAUCCAGCACCCCCGUCCGCAGUUCGAGUUCGAGCGCCAGGCGGAGGACCCCGUCACUGGGGAGUCUGUCAAGAUUUACUCGCCCAUCAAGCGCCUGCAGACGCAGCUGCUGCAGAUCCCGUUCGCCGCGGCCUGCAUCUUGGUGCUCGGAACCCUCAUCGUGACCUGCAAUUCGCUGGAAAUCUUCAUCAAUGAGGUAUACAACGGACCGUUCCAAUCAUACCUCGCCUUUCUCCCAACUGUCAUUCUGGUCGUCAUGACACCCACUUUCUCUACGGUGCUCACGAAGUUCGCGACGAGACUCACUGAAAUGGAGAACUACGAGACAAUCGAUGCACAUCACGCGGCCUUGGUACAGAAGGAGUUUGUUUUGAACUUCCUAACUUCCUACAUGGCUCUGUUCUUUACCACAUUCGUCUACCUGCCUUUCGGUGACCGUCUCACCCCCUAUCUCGACUUCUGGCGGUCCACUGCGCAAAAGAUUACCCCGAAAGACGUCAACUUCCAGACCCAGGAAUUCGUCGUCAACCCUGACCGAAUCAGCAAGCAGAUGUUUUACUUCACCGUCACUGCUCAGGUGGUCAACUUCGCUACCGAGGUCAUCGUACCUUACGUCAAGCGCCAGGUCUUCGAGGAGGUCAGGGAGGUGCAGUCCAAGAUGUCAAAGGAGGGCGAUGCGGCCCAUAUCAAGGACCAUCCCGAGGAAUCUGCUUUCUUGGAGCGAGUGAGGAAAGAAGCCGAACUUGAAACCUACGAUGUCACCGGUGACUACCGAGAAAUGGUAAUCCAGUUUGGCUACCUUUCUCUCUUUUCUGUAGCCUGGCCGCUGGCGGCCUGCUGUUUCCUGGUCAACAAUUGGGUCGAGAUGAGAUCCGAUGCUGUCAAGAUCGCCAUCAGCAGUAGGAGGCCCAUCCCGUGGCGCGCCGACUCUAUCGGUCCUUGGCUCAACGCUCUUGGCUUCCUGUCUUGGCUGGGAAGCAUCACCAGCGCCUCGAUCGUCUUUCUCUGCAGCUCCAGUGGUAAGGGUAGUGGACCCCAUAGCGCCCCUGGCAGCAUUCAAGCCUGGGGCCUCCUCUUGAGCAUCCUCCUGGCCGAGCACUUCUACUUUGCAGCCCAGUUCGUCGUCCGUCUUGUCAUGACGAAGCUGGAAAGCCCUGGCUUGCAAAAAGAGAAGAAGGAGCGGUUCGUGAUGAAGAAGAGACUCCUUGAGGAGAACCUGGGUCAAGGCGUUUCGGACCAAGCCGCCACCCCUGGUAUCGAGAAAACCGAGAUGAUCACGUUGAAGACAUUGGAGGAAGAGGCUCGCAGACUCUCGACUCAAGGCCACGGUGGCGCCGAGGAAGCAUUCUGGCUUCGCCAACGAGGUAUGGGCGAGGUGAUUCAAAUCGGUCGCAACUUGAUUUCUCAAAGCGUUGCUGGAAACUCGACAAAGGCUUGA